AUGUCUGGAAGUGCUUCUGCUCAUCCUUCUUCUGGCUCUGUUGGUCCUGCUGAUGAUGGGGCCUCUCCUGGCCCUGCUGCUCCUGGGACUUCCCCUGUCCCUGGUGAUAGUGAAGUUGGCCCUGCUAGUGCUGAAGCUAGUUCUGCUCCCCCUCCUCCUCUACCAGCUAUAACUCCCCCUCCACUUCCACCUGCUUCUCCUCCUCCGCACGCUCCAACUCCUCCUCCUCUGCAUGCUCCAACCCCUCCUCCUGCUCCGCCUGCUCCAACUCCUCCUCCACCCGCUCCGACUCCUCCUCCACCUGCUCCGACUCCUCCUCCGCCCGCUCCUGAUCCUGAUGCUCCUGAUGCUCCUUGCUUUGGGCUGUCAUCUAAGAAGCGUAAGGAGCGACAGGAGCCUCCUGCCGCGGUGCGUUCAGUUCUGAUCAAGCCUAAGCCAUCUCGUCAGAAUGCCAAGACGCUUGAGAUGUCAGAGGCUGUGGCAUCUGCCCACAAGGAGAAGAUUGCGAAGCACUUUGCGGUGUUGGACACCACUGCAGAUGAGGAUAAGUACCCAACAGUGAAGAAGGCCCGUGGAAAUCCCGCUAUCCAGCAUCAUGCGGAUGAGAUCAAUCGCAGAGCAUCCAUAGUGGUGGUCUCAAACCGUGAGCGCAAGGAGGUAUGCUCCCAUUGCACAUUCUCUGUGGCAUCGCCGGUGAACGGCCCUGAUCCACUGGUCCUGUUACGGCCUGGUCCAACUAUCCAAGUCGGCCGUUAUGUGGAUGUCCAGUACACUGGCAUGCACUGGCGGUGUAUGACGCAUGAUGCACGGGCGCGGUUCUACAAGAAGGAAGAUAUUCCACCGCAAUAUGCCCCAGGCCAGAAGAAGAAGAAGGGUAUGACAAAGGCAAAGCUUCAGCACCUUGAUGUUUCAAGACUGUCUGCUGCAAAAGUCCGAUGGGUCCUUGCUGACAUCAAGAAGUGUCAUUCAGGAGAGGCAGAUCACCCAGCUUGUCUCCUGCUGGAGGAGACCGAUGAGCUCCUGGAGGCAAAAGCGGAUACGAAGCGGGAGAAUAGGGCUGAGUACCGUAAGGCCCGCUCAAUGCUCCAGAAGGAGAAGAGGGCAGGGAACAAGGUACAGAGGCUUGCGAACAAAAGGGCUAAGAAGCAUGCUAGGUGGUUGAAGCGGAGUGGGAUGGAUGAGAUGGAGGUGGAUGAAGAUGAUAGAGGUGAGGGCAGUAGCAAGGUACAGGACAGGGUUCAGGAGGACUCAACCACAGAGGAGUCUGAGGAUGACACCUUGGGCCCUGAGUCAGAGGAUGAGUAG